CAUUCAAAUUCAACUGUUGCUGCUUGUAUUUUAUAAUGUUCAUAUUUUCAAGGCCACCUUAUUUUACUCAGUCAAACCAACCCACCACGUUAUUUAUUUUGUCCUCCCCUUAAACCCCACGUUUACUCUUAUUUUUUGGCCUAUUCCUUCAUCCGUUUCUUUCUUUUCUGGUGGAGCAACAAGAAUCUUUGGAGUGUUUUCUGAAUUGGGUUAUCGCCAUUUUUUGAUUUCGAAUCCUGUAUAGCGAAAGUAUUUAGUUGGCUGAGUUUGUUUGACAUAUAAGUGAUAUAGAUAUCAUCAAGUUCAAAAGCUUUGAGUGGUGAGCAAGUACUCUUGAUUAUAUGGCGUAUCCUGCGUAUACCGAAUCGCUAUCGUUUGGAGGCUCAGAGCAUGGGCAGGGCCAACAAGUUUUGCCAUUCAAGACUGCCAAAGGGUCUCUCAAGGUCUGUCUUUUACAUGGCAACUUAGUUAUAUGGGUAAUGGAGGCCAGAAACCUUCCUAACAUGGACAUGGUUCAUAGGACUCUCGGCGACAUGUUUGCUAAAUUUCCCGGGAAGUUUGGCGGCAAGACCGAAGGGCAAGCGCCGCAGAAGAUAACCAGUGAUCCCUAUGUAACAAUUUCUGUGUCAGGUGCUGUGGUUGGGAGGACUUUUGUGAUUAGUAAUAGCGAAAACCCGGUUUGGGGGCAGCAUUUUGAUGUUCCAGUCGCGCAUUAUGCUUCGGAGGUGCAGUUUGUUGUGAAAGAUAGUGAUGUUGUGGGAUCACAGAUCAUGGGUGCUGUGGGAAUCCCGGUUGAGCAAUUACUUUCUGGCAUGAAAGUAGAGGGAACAUUUCCGAUACUUAAUUCGAGCGGGAAAGCGUGUAAGCCUGGAGCCGUUUUGAGCUUGUCAAUUCAGUAUAUCCCAAUUGAAAAACUGACAUUUUAUGAUCAGGGAGUAGGUUCGGAUCCUGAUCAUCAAGGCGUCCCCGGCACUUACUUUCCUCUUAGGAGAGGCGGUAAGGUGACUCUGUAUCAAGAUGCACAUGUUCAUGAUGGUCGCCUUCCCAAUUUGGAGCUUGACGGCGGUGUUCAGUAUGAGCAAGGGAAUUGUUGGCAAGACAUGUUCGAUGCAAUAAGUCAGGCCCGUCGCUUGAUAUACAUUGCAGGGUGGUCUGUGUACCACAGAGUUAGAUUGGUUCGGGAUAAGAAUGAUGCCUCGGAUUACAUGUUAGGUGAUCUUCUUAAGGCCAAAUCACAGGAAGGUGUGAGAGUGCUGCUUCUUGUUUGGGAUGAUCCAACUUCCCGGAGAAUUUUGGGAUAUAAAAUGGGGCAGCUGAAGAUGAACUCGAAUCUUGAUGAGAGCGGGACGGAGGAGAGGAUGAUAGAGAGCUCGGAUAAGGAAGGGGUCAUGCAAACCUCUGAUGAGGAAACUCGGCGUUUCUUCAAGCACUCUUCAGUCCAAGUGCUGCUUUGCCCUCGAUCUGUUGGGAAGGGUAGCUGGGUCAAAAAGCAGGAAGCCGAAACUAUCUACACCCAUCAUCAGAAAACAGUGCUUGUGGAUGCUGAUGCAGGCAAUUCUAAAAGAAAGAUCAUUGCAUUUGUUGGAGGUCUUGAUGUAUGCCUGGGGCGCUAUGACACUCCAGAUCAUCCAAUCUUUAGGAGUUUACAGACAGUGCACAAAGAUGACUGUCGUAACCCUACUUUCUCGGAGCGCUCUGUUGGUUGUCCAAGGCAGCCAUGGCAUGAUUUGCACAGUAAAAUUGAUGGUCCAGCAGCAUAUGACAUCCUUGCCAAUUUUGAGGAGCGCUGGUUGAAGGCUUCAAAACCCCACGGGCUUCAAAAAAUUAAAACACCGCAUGAUGAUGCACUACUAAGGAUUGAGAGAAUUCCUGAAAUUAUUGGGAUGGCGGAAGUUCCUUGCCUGAGUGGCGAUGAUCCAGAAGCUUGGGAUAUUCAGGUUUUCCGUUCAAUUGAUUCCAAUUCUGUGAAAGGAUUCCCGAAGGACUCAAAAUAUGCUACAAGCAAGAACCUGGUUUGUGGGAAGAAUGUGCUAAUAGACAUGAGUAUACAUGCAGCAUAUGUCAAGGCAAUCCGUGCGGCUCAACAUUUCAUUUACAUAGAAAACCAGUACUUCCUUGGGUCAUCAUAUAAUUGGAACUUAUACAGUGAUUUGGGUGCAAACAAUUUAAUACCAAUGGAAAUUGCUCUUAAAAUCGUAAACAAAAUCAAAGAAAAUAAGAGGUUUUCUGCAUAUAUUGUUAUCCCCAUGUGGCCAGAAGGUGUUCCUUCAAGCACUCCUAUUCAAAGAAUUCUCUUUUGGCAGAAUAAAACAAUGCAAAUGAUGUACGAAAUGAUUUACAAGGCUCUAAAAGAGGCUGGACUUGAAAACAAGUAUUGUCCACAAGACUACUUGAAUUUCUUUUGCCUCGGGAAUCGCGAAAAACCGAAUGGUGAAGAAACUAGUGCUGCAAACAAAAAAGAAGCAAAUACUCCCCUGGCACUCACUCGGAAGAAUCGGCGUUUUAUGAUUUAUGUCCAUUCUAAAGGAAUGAUCGUGGAUGAUGAAUAUGUUAUAAUAGGAUCUGCAAAUAUCAAUCAGCGAUCCUUGGAAGGUACCCGGGAUACCGAAAUAGCAAUGGGAGCAUACCAGCCUCAUCACACCUGGGCUAGAAGACUCUCUAGUCCACAUGGAAAGAUAUAUGGAUAUAGAAUGUCACUGUGGGCAGAGCAUACAGGAUGUCUUGAAGAAUGUUUCAAGAAGCCGGAGAGUCUCGAAUGCGUGAGACGGGUGCGAUCCUUGAGCGAGCAGAACUGGAGGCAAUACGUUACGGAUGAGAUGACAGAAAUGAAGGCUCACCUCCUGAAAUAUCCGGUUGAAGUCGAUCCAAUGGGCAAGGUGAAGGCUAUUCCGGGCUGCGAAACGUUUCCAGACGUUGGCGGCAACAUACUGGGAUCAUUCAAAGCCAUCCAAGAAAAUCUCACCAUCUGAUCACAACAGAUUUUUCAGUACAGAUUUGAAGUCCCAGUUGAUAAGUAUGCUUCUGCCUCAAAUUCUUGGUCAUAUGAAUUGUCCCACAAGUAUGUGGCACCAACUUGUCUAUUUUUCCUUGUACAUUGGAAGGUAGGAUUUGAACAUGCAUUGUCCCACAUGCGUUGUAAUGUAUAUGGUUGGUGGUGAGUUAGUUUGUCCAACUCUGCUUAGAAUGUUGAAAUAAUUUUGGGUGAAAAUUUGAAUCCUGAAUGCAGGUUAAGUCAGUUGGCUA